AGGGAUGACCUCUAAGGAUGCUUCAGGUGAAGCUAAUAGUAACUGGAGAUGACUUUGGCUAUUGUCCUCGGAGAAACCAAGGCAUCGUGGACUGUUUCCUGGCUGGUGCGGUAUCUAACGUGUCCCUUCUAGUCAACGGAAGUGCUGCAGCAGAUGCAGCCAAGCUGGCAAGGAGAUACAACAUCCCAAUAGGCCUGCACGCCAACCUCUCCGAGGGCUCUCCUGUAUGCGAGGUGCUCAAGACAAACUCUUCUCUGCUCAACCAAGAUGGAUUCUUCCAUGGGAAAAUGGGAUUCAGAACAGCUCUAUCAAAAGGUCUCUUGAAUAUGUCAGAGGUGAAGCAGGAGCUAAAGGCCCAGGUGGAGUUGUUCCAUGAGCUGACAGGUCACCUACCUCCUCACAUGGAUGGGCACCAGCACGUUCACGUCCUCCCAGAGGUCAGGCACGUAUUUGCAGAGGUGUUAGAGGAAUAUGGGAUUAAGUACACACGUGUCCCUAUCGAGCCAGGCCUUCAUAACUGUGACUGGAUUGCACCAUCCUUGAUGGACUUUUAUCUGGGAGUAGAAGAAGAUUCUUUUAACACAGUGGAUGUGUUUACAAGGCAUGGAAUAAGGUGGCCAGACAUUUACAUAGGUUUGAGUACCAUGGGCAAGAACAUGUCUGUCAGUAACAUCUGGAGCGCCAUCGACACUGCCAUUGCGGACGUCAUGUCCAAGGCACCCUCACCCACAGACCCAAUGGCACAGAGCAGGACAGUAACAAUUGAACUGAUGGUGCACCCAGGGUACCCGAGUGUCCCACCUGUGGGUGGCUGUGGGGAAGGACCAGAUGAUUUCUCACAGUCCUGGGAGCGCCUCCAUGAACUCCAGACAUUAAUUAAGCCAGAGCUGCAAAGCCAUUAUAAAACCAGGAACAUUCAGCUCUGUUCAUUCAAAGAUCUGUAA